AGGGCGAUCUCCGGUUGGCUGUAAUUUCGCGUGCGCCCCCUGGACGCACAGUUGCAACUGAAACUUGUUGCCCUGCGCGCCUCAAAGACUAAAACAACUGAUCCCGAGAAUGAAUUUACUCGUCCCCUUUGUUGUGACUAUGCAUGUACACAACUUGACGGCUGCCAUUCACACGCUGAAUUAUUUCAUCACAACGGCCUCUCAAAUUCCAAACCUACCAGAGUACUGGGAGCUGGCUUAUGUUAAUGGCGUUCAGAUUUUGCAGUUUGACAGCAACAGCAGGAAAAUGAAAGCCAAACAUGACUGGGUGAACAAAAUCACAGCAGAGGAUCCACACUUCUGGGAGAGAGAGACACGCAUAAGUAUUGCCAAUGAGCAGGUUCUCAAAGUCAGCAUUGAACGCUUGAAAAAGCGCUUCAACCAAAGUGGAGGUGUUCACAUGAUCCAGAGGAAAAUUGGCUGUGAAUGGGAUGAUGAAACUGGUGAAGUUGAUGGCUGGGAACACUACAGUUAUGACGGAGAAGACUUCAUAUCAUUUGAGCUGAAGACGAUGAGAUGGAUCGCAGCACAUCAACAAGCUUUUAUCACAAAAAACAAUUGGGACCGGUUGGAUUUUUUAAAUUUUUUAAAACACUGGAAGGAUUUCCUCACUGAUAUUUGUCCUGCCCAGUUGAAGAAGCAUGUGAGACAUGGGAGGGACUUCCUGGUGAGAACAGCGCUUCCCACAGUGUCUCUCCUCCAGAAGAUGCCCUCCUCUCCCGUUACCUGCCACGCGACGGGUUUCUACCCCAGUGCGUCGGCCCUUUUUUGGAGGAAGGACAGCGAGGUGAUCCACGAGGACGUGGAGAUGGGGGAGACCCUCCCCAACCAUGACGGAACCUUCCAGACCACAGCCCACCUGAAAGUGGAAGUGACGGCCGGUGUGGAGGGCAAGUAUGAAUGUGUGUUCCAGCUUGCCGGCGUCGCGGAAGACAUCGUCACCAAGCUGGACAGAAGAAUCAUCCUGAGCAACGCGCGUAUCCAAGAAGAAGAAGUCAGGAAGAUGACGGCCAUCGUUGUCACGUUGGUGAUCCUUCCUCUGGUGGUGGUGGUGGUUGUUGCCGGGUUCCAUCGCCAGAUAGGUGAGCGACACGAAUGCUUCGUCGGUCAGGAGGAGCCAAAGGGAAGAUUUGCCUUGCGCCUUUUUGACAAAAAGUUAAUGUAAUAUUGUUUGUCUUUCCUUUCAGCCAUACACCCUCGAUCGUAUCAGUAAAACAUUUUCUACGAAGGUCUGAAUUAGAGCUCUGUUCCCAAAGUGUGAAUGGGGAUAACCCAAAACGACAACAAAUUGUUGUCAUGUAUCAUUUAAAGAAGAAAAACAGCACUCAACAGUACCGUAAUUUUAAAAACACACAUUAAUGACAUGAAGCAAGAUUUUUUUUUAUCAACAGGUUUUAUUUUCCUCACUGCAUCACUGGUCUUGGCCACCGGAGGGCAGUAUAAUACAGUCAUUGAGACGUCCGAAUUGCUUUCUCUCUGACAGCAUGCUCGCUCGCGCUCGUAUUUUUAGUCUGCGCUCACAGGUAAAGCAAAAAAAAAAGCAACAAAAAAAAAUAAAAGGGGGUUAAACAAUGACUUAUAUCUUGAAAAAUUCUGAAGUCAGGCCACCCGUAUGAGGUGGUACCUUACUGUGUAAUACAGUGACUACCUGGAAUUAAUUGAAAAAGGCAAAAGAGCGUAAGGAUUUCUAUUACAUCUUUGCAAGAUCCAUUCAGCUGAGAGUACCUUGCUUUAGCAAAUGUACUUCGUUCAUGCGUGUGACUGCCCCGCCCCCCAACAAUCUCACAUUGUGUUUUGCUCCCUCAGCCAUUGCCUGAUUCAGAGGUUGUUUCCAAGUUUUGACUGAGCCCGUUUCGGAGCGUCACAGGAUGAGUUAGCUCACAUGGACGCCACGAGAUCUUGGGUUUCUGGAGAGGGUUUCAGUAACAUGGUUUUGUGCAUUUGCUGUGCUCUGCUUUCUCCAGGUGUCAGAACGUAGGAGAGCUUGGAUUUGAAAAGAAAUGUUCUUUAUUCUUCACAUAGGUGAUUGGUGCAAUCAUAUUUUUUCAACGCUCAAAAUUGGUUUCUAUUUUUGGUAUACUAUACAAGGUUAGAUUUGAGGAGUGCCUUGGAUUGCUUUCUUCUGUCAGUGUCGGUCUUAGUGUCAUGUUGGAUUGUAUAAAACCCACCAGGGUUGCUGCAUGAAAAUGUCUUCUUUUUUCUCAUCAAGUUGUUGAAUUAUUGAAUGUAUUUGAAUGAAAUGUUAAAUGAAAAUGUGUUGGACUGUGAAA